CGCGACGCGAGCUGCUCUUCUUCUCACGCGUCGUCCUCCAGACGGCGACGUGACCUCCCCCCGGUUGCCGUCUACGUCUGCCCUCUGCCGUCUGCGGCUACAAAACUGGGCGAGGCGAGGGGAAGCUUCUCUCCUCUUCUUCCUACUACCCACCACACCCCUGUCGCUUUCCCAGGCCUCCCCGAGCUAGCUAGGGGCGGGGCCGUUGCGGCAGUACUUGGCCCGUAGUUUAGCUUCACAUACUCCGGUUUUUUUUAGCUUCCCUUGCUGCUGCUGCUUCUUCGCGGAGCUGCCGUUCUGUGGCGAGAUUCCGGCGGUGGGCGGGAGCGGGAGCCGGAGCCCUUCCCAAUGGACGAGGAGAUCGGCGCCUCGCCGCGGCAGGACCAAUGGAGAAAUCACCGCAAAACUCUCUCCAUACUAGCAUUUCAGAGCUUUGGCGUGGUGUAUGGAGACCUGAGUACGUCACCUCUGUAUGUCUUCAAGAGCGCAAUGUCUGGGAAUCUGUACAAUUACCGUGACGAGAUCACCAUCUUUGGGCUGCUUUCGCUGAUAUUUUGGACCUUGACACUCCUUCCGUUGCUGAAGUAUGUCAUAAUUGUAUUGUCUGCUGAUGAUAAUGGCGAGGGGGGGACAUUUGCUUUGUACUCACUACUCUGCAGACAUGCAAAGUUGAGUCUGCUUCCUAACCAGCAAGCGGCAGAUGAAGAGCUGUCAACAUAUUACCAGCCUGGGUGUGAUCGGGCUGCUGUUUCCUCUCCAUUCAAAAGGUUUCUGGAGAAGCACAGGAAGCUGCGGACCUGUUUGCUUCUUUUUGUGCUGUUUGGGGCAUGCAUGGUGAUAGGUGAUGGCGUCCUUACACCCACCAUCUCUGUUUUGUCAGCCAUAUCUGGAUUACGAGACUCCGACACCGGUGGAUUAGGAAAUGGUUGGGUGGUAUUGAUUGCAUGUGUUGUGCUUGUUGGCCUCUUUGCACUACAACACCGAGGUACUCAUAGGGUAGCAUUUAUGUUUGCCCCCAUUGUUGUACUCUGGCUCUUGAGCAUUGGUGGCAUUGGUCUGUAUAAUAUCAUCCGCUGGAAUCCUAGAAUAUGUCUUGCUCUUUCCCCUCACUAUAUUGUAAAGUUCUUCAAGAGAACAGGAAGAGAUGGUUGGAUUGCUCUAGGAGGAGUACUUCUUGCCGUGACAGGCACUGAAGCUAUGUUUGCCGAUCUUGGCCACUUCACUGCUUCAUCUAUCAGGUUGGCUUUUGUUGGUGUCAUUUAUCCCUGUCUUGUUUUGCAAUACAUGGGGCAAGCUGCGUUCCUUUCCAAAAACAUCUCAGAUGUAGAAGACAGUUUCUACCAAUCAAUUCCACGUCCUGUGUUUUGGCCCAUGUUUGUCCUAGCAUCUCUUGCUGCAGUUGUGGGCAGCCAAUCAGUUAUAUCCGCGACCUUUUCUAUUGUUAAGCAGUGCCUUUCUUUGGGAUGCUUUCCACGAGUGAAGGUUGUACAUACAUCAAGGUGGAUCUAUGGCCAGAUUUACAUACCUGAGAUAAAUUGGAUUCUGAUGGUCCUUUGUUUAGCUGUGACAGUGGGCUUCCGUGACAUAACAGUUAUAGGAAAUGCUUAUGGUCUUGCUUGUGUAGCUGUGAUGUUUGUUACCACAUGGCUGAUGGCAUUGGUUAUCAUAUUUGUGUGGCAAAAGAACAUCCUGCUUGCCUUGAUGUUCCUUGUAUUCUUUGGGUCAAUCGAGGGUGCAUAUCUGUCAUCAGCAGUUAUGAAGGUUCCUCAGGGAGGAUGGGCUCCAAUUGCGCUUGCCUUCGUGUUCAUGUUCAUCAUGUACGUGUGGCACUACGGCACGAGGCGAAAGUACCUGUUUGAUCUCCAGAACAAGGUUUCGAUGAAGUGGAUCCUAACACUUGGCCCGAGCCUUGGUAUCAUGCGUGUGCCUGGAAUUGGCCUCAUCUACACGGAGCUAGUGACUGGGGUUCCUGCCAUCUUCUCACAUUUCGUCACCAACCUGCCUGCAUUUCACCAGAUUCUGGUCUUUGUCUGCGUGAAGUCCGUGCCAGUGCCCUAUGUUCCGGCUGAUGAGCGGUACCUAAUCGGACGCAUUGGCCCCAGGCAGUACCGGAUGUACCGGUGCAUUGUGAGGUACGGUUACAAAGAUGUGCAGAAAGAAGACGAGAACUUUGAGAACCACCUUGUGAUGAGCAUCGCCAAGUUCAUCCAAAUGGAAGCCGAAGAAGCUGCCUCUUCUGGAAGCUACGAGUCAUCCACCGAAGGAAGAAUGGCGGUCAUACACACUGCUGACACAGUCGGGACCGGGCUGAUCAUGAGAGAUUCGAACGAAGCAGCAGGCACCUCCCUGACUAGGAGCAGCAAGUCGGAGACUCUCCAGAGCCUGCAGUCCCUGUACGAGCAGGAGUCGGGCAGCCUGAGCCGGCGCCGCAGGGUCCGUUUCCAGAUAUCGGAGGAGGAGCGGAUCGACCCGCAGGUGAGGGACGAGCUGUCGGACCUCCUGGAGGCCAAGGAGGCCGGCGUGGCGUACAUCAUCGGGCACUCGUAUGUGAAGGCGAGGAAGAACUCCAACUUCCUCAAGUCGUUCGCCAUCGACUACGCCUACUCGUUCCUCCGGAAGAACUGCAGGGGCCCGUCGGUGACGCUGCACAUACCCCACAUCAGCCUCAUCGAGGUCGGCAUGAUCUACUACGUCUAGACGGAGGAUUGCAGAAAUCUGCAGCGGCUCCAGACUUGCCGACCAUGCUGCUGUUUUUUUCCUUUUUCUUUUUGUUAACUCGGCCUUGCGCUCAGGGUAAUUUUUGUCUUAGUUUCGCCGAGUUAUCAGAGGCGAUGUAAAAGACGGUGGCCGGCCGGCCGAACAAGCUAGUACCUGCCAUGCCAGCCUUCUGAAUUCCGGGGCCUUGUAAAUACAUUCACGGUUCAGUUUAUGAUAGAAAGCAGCAUAUGACCAUAAGUCUGAACAUUUUCA